GGCACUCGGGCUCGAGCAAGCAGGUUCGCGCGCUCGCGCGGGGGUGGGCACUCGCGCUGGAAAGGGUGUGGACUGUGCUCUCGCGCGGGGCGAGGGCGCCGCGGCCAUGAGCAGCCGCAGGGUCGCCUCUUUGGUCACCCUCGACCAGAUCAAAUGUGCGGAGGCGAAGAACGUGAGUGUGCGAUUGCGGGCGCCCGCGCGCCAGAGGAGGCGGCGCCGUGCGGAGGCCUCUGCGCGGGGGCACUCGUGGAGGUGCACGGCCUGGUCGGCGCCCCGGAGCUCAACGGUAAGCUCGGCAGGCUGAACGGCAAGGUACAGGGCGACCGCCUCGGCGUCGACCUCCAGCCGCCCGGCGGCACCAAGGCCUUGCGGCCCGAGAACCUCCGGGCGGUGUGCGAGGAGGCCUAGCGGCCCCGGCGCCCCGCCUUGCGCGCGGUUACACCCAACAAAAAAUCGGUCCCCCCUUCGCCGUUCGCUCUGC